AAGGAAACAAAAACGCCGUCCGAUCCGAGAAGCGGGAGCGAAAAGCCUUCCUCUCUCCAGAAUCUCUUGUCGCCGUGGGCGGCGGCCAUAUUGCUGGAUGUUAGCCUUGUAUUUUGCUACUCUCCGGCCGCGGCGUCUGGCCGCUAACCAGCGAUAACCAGAGCACAAACCAAGAAAGCGUAACCAGUGGAGUAGCCAUCCCCGUCGAAAGGCACCGCUGCUCGGGGCAUCGAGACGCGGCCGCGCGCUGCGUCGCCCGAUUUCUCGUGUCCGUCGCGGCUCGAAUAGCCGUCGCGCCGGGAAGACUAUCCGUCAGCGACCGAAUUCUCACCGGAGCCGGCGGCCACCCGGUACCCAACGAAGCAUCGGUGCCCCAGGCGCUCUGACAGUCAAGUGAAAGCAGUGCUUGUGUGACGUAGGAUUCGGGAUUUGUGCCGGCGCGUGCACCACAAAUUCCGCCGUAGACCCACGAUUCUGACCUGGGAUAAUCGAGGACGGCUAAGCCUAAAUGUGUUGACUUUUGAUCUGGAUGCCGGCGGCGAGCAGAUGGAGGGUGGUGGUAUGGUGGCAGUUGUUCACUGGGAGGAAAAUUGACUGCUGGCAGUAGGCUAGAAUCAUGGAGACCAACCCAUUUUUUCGAGGGAUCCUCGGCCAGGCUCUGCCACGACCUCUUCUCAGGCCACCUCCCGAGCCAAGGAGACGCCAUGAACGACCUGAGCCUUCCGCCAUUGCCUUGGACACGAUGGAAGUGGAAGAUCUUUCUAUUAAGAAAGAGCCUGUGCCAGCAGUGGCACCUGUGCCAGUAACACCUUCACCGGAAGUGGUACGCAGCUCUGGAGGGCGGCGCAAGGCAGGCUUAGGACCCCAGCGGCUUGGUCCUGACGAUAUCAUUGUGCUCUCGGAUGAGGAGAACAGCCGCCUCAAUGGGCACAGGCUUGUCAAUGGAGCCACUGGCAGCAGUGGCUGGCAGAUGCAGCCUCCGCCGCUGCCACCCCAGACGCCACUUUCCCAGCAAGAACUGGCUGCUCGCAGGGCACUGGUGCGAAGUCUGCGCCAGGAGUUGCGCAAUGAGGAGAUGAAGCUGGUGCUGCUCAAGAAGGUGCGUCAGAGUCAGCUGCUGCAAAGGCAAGAGCCAGCGCGACCUGCACAACCAGUGGCGCCACCCAGCUUGCCAUCAGCGCGAGCAUCAACGGUGGUGCCGACGGCAGCACCUCCGCUGGCACCCCCGCCUCGAAGUGCCCCUACUGUGGUGGCCAAUCCAGGCCAGAGCCUUGGAGCUUCAGGCAAGAUGGCACUGAGCAAUCACCACCACCACCACCAUCACCACCACCAUCAUCACCACCACCACCAGCAACAGCAGCACCAACAUCAUCAGCCGCCGCAGACACAUCAGGGGUCCAAUAGCCGAGCCACGCCCGACCUGGUGGGCGUCAAUGCCAGGCUUCGCAACCAAGGCCCAUCCCCUAGCAGCGCACUUCAAGGAAGCCUGAGCUCUGGAGCUGCAUUGCGAGCAGGUAGUAACAGCGGAGGAAAUCUUGCACAGCUGCAGCAGAAUGUGCUCAGAUUGCCCGCCAACGCAGCCAGCACUGCGGGCAUGAACAACUUGACUGGUUCACUGUCCCGAACAGUGCCCCACAGCUCACAGCACUUCGGUGGCAACCAUACAGUUCCAGGGGCUCACCAGGUUGCCAGCACAGCCAACCAACCACCACAGCCUCAGGGAACACCGCCAAGCCUGACUGCCGCAGCUGACAACCAGAGCCCUGCACAACGCCAGGCCGCAGCCAAGUUGGCUUUGCGUAAGCAGCUAGAAAAGACGUUGCUCCAGAUUCCACCACCCAAGCCACCACCGCCAGAGAUGCACUUUGUGCCCAAUGCCAGUAGCCCCGAGUUUGUGUACUUGCUUGGACUGGAGACUGUUGUGAGCUUCCUGACAGACGGGGAGGCAAGCUCGCGUGCUGCACCUCCCGAGCCAUUUGCGUGCAGUCAGUGCGGUCUGGACUUCACACCCGUGUGGAAGUGGCAGGACACACGCCGUGCCGGCCGGCCAUCAGUCAUCUGUGAAGCCUGCGUCACCUCAAACCUGAAGAAGGCGCUCAAGGCAGAGCACACACAUCGCCUCAAGACAGCCUUCGUCAAGGCCCUGCAGCAGGAGCAGGAGAUUGAGCAGCGCCUUGCCAGCGGUGCAGCGCCAUCACCUCCCCCGUCGUCAACACCCCCGCCAGCCGCGCACUCGCCACGGCUGGGCACGGCAGCAGGUGCCGGCGGCUUCCUGCCCAAGCUGAGUGCGCAGCAGCUGCUCCAGGCCCAGCAACUGCAACAGCAGCUAGCGGCACUGCCUGGGGCUCAACAUCAGGCCACGAGUGGUGGGCCUCAGCCGGCCCAUGUGCUGCCCUUCGGACCUCUUCUGGCUGCCUACUCGUACCAAAUGCUGAGUGCCGCUGGCGCGGCAGGUGCGGCAGGAAAGCUGCCGCCCGCAGCUGACCUCCAUCGGCAGUACCUGCUAGACAUGAUCCCACCACGCUCGAUGGCUCAGGGCUCGCUCAACUGGAAGACGUGAUGACACAGCCCUUCCAGCUAACGCCCAUUUUCUUCUGGCAGCACCUCUGGAGCACAUCGGCAACAUUCUCUCUCUCCCUAAGGUACUGGCUAUGUUAGUGGGUGGGUUGAGGUGUUGUGGCUGUGGUGAUCAAGAGGUGCUCUGGCUGUAGUGCUGCGGUUGUGCCCAGUCUGUACUCCUGUCUGCCCCGACGGUGGCCCACAGUGCUGACUUGUUUCGAAUAGGACUUCUCGGGCAAGACAGCCCCGGUGUGGUGGAGAGAAUGCUUUUCACACACAUUCACUGGAAGGACUGGAGCAAGAAGGACUUCUUGCAUAUUUGUCAGUGCGAACGCAUGCACGCGUUAAGGACGUUAUUGCCUGGUUUCUUAUUGUCCGUAAAGGCAGUAUUUAAGCUCUCUAAGUUUUUUUCUUCCCCUUUUCCGAUGACCUUCUCUCUCUCUUUCUCUUCACAUUUCUUUCCCCAUAUGUGUGCAAGUAUAUAUAUGUGUGUGUGCGUAUGCGUGCAUGUGAGCACGCUUGUGCGUUGCAGUCUUCAUGCCCGCACUUGCAGUGGUGGGAUGCUACAGUGCUGCGGGUGCCACUUUGUUUUUGUUGUCACCACGCAAAAUACCCGGAGUUGGGGCUGUGGAAACCAGUUAGCCUGGGACUAAGGAUUUUGUAAACGGAGAUUCUGGAUAACAGCUUCAAUAAAGGGUGAUCCAGUGGAGGGCAACCCUCCAAAA